AUCCACCUGUACGUGCCGCGUCCAGGACACAAACCCAUCUACAUCGCUCUUUACCUGUCUACCUACCUACCUACCUAUCUACUUAUCUGUUGUUCCUCUAUGUCUUUGCUUUUCAGCAGUAAUCUUGGACCAUGAUACCAGACCAUGCGGCUCACGAGCCACACUCAGACCUUGAGGGUGAUUACGAUGCUGGAGGUAGAGAUUUUCUAGAUGAGAUCAUCAAACAAAACGACGUGCCUCUUCUCCUCCGCUACAACCAGCAAGCAAAAGAGGACGGUGAGGAUAUUUUCAGCCGGGUAAAAGUAAGCCUUUACGGCUACUACCCGUUGCCGCCAUUCUAUUCCGCGGCGAAUCAUGGAAGUCUUGACACUUUACGCGCCUUGAUCGAUCUCUACCAGUCCGACCCUACGCAUUCUCAACAGCCGCUGGAAAAAUAUCUGCAGAGACUUGACUUUCGAAUACUUAAUCUCGCCUGUGGUAACGCUGAUCGGAAAAUGACACAGUUUCUACUCGACCAUCAACCACCCCUGGGCGCGUGGCGGGAUCGGGAUGCCAAGGGGGCGACACCGCUGAUCUGUGCCGCACAAGCUUUUCUGGGUAACGUGCAGGCCUUGAAGAGAAAGAUGAAGGAGACAAGUCCCGCGGGGAUCCGGGAGAAGUUGCGAGUGCACCACGCUCGCUAUGGCGAGUUUAUCGAGUUCUGUUUGGCCAGUGGUGCUUCGGUCCGCGAGACAGAUCAAUACAUGCUUCCCUAUCAACUCGGAUGGCAAGCCCAGCCUGGCGACCAUGAGAUACUGGGGGACACUGUGCUGGGUAAUAUGGUAACCCGCGCUAGCUAUAUGAUGGUAUCCCGCUUGAUCGCGGCAGGCGCCGAUACGCAUAUUGUGCAGACAUGGUACGAUCCCUAUGCCUUUAGCGGUGGCUUGCGGUGCGCCGGGGUCACGCCACUGCAUAUUGCUAGUAGAUACUGGAAUCUGGACGCGAUACAAGCGAUACUGGACCACAGGGGUCAGACCGGACUGGCCGAGAUGGUUUCAAGAAGAGAUGACCACGGACGGCCACCACUCCAUUGGGCGUUAAUGGGCGAUAAGGACGAAAUAGCCACCUUGACUUCUUCGGAAGUAACCUCGCGCCUGUUGCGUACUGUGAAACUGCUUCUUGAUAUUGGGCCAGCGAUGGUCAAUGUGAAGGAUCAAGUAAACAAGACAGUACUGCACUAUGCGGUUAACAGUCGUGUGGGGGAUGCCGACUGUCUCGCAGCAUGUGAAAUCUUUUUACAGCUGCUUGCUAUUCUAGUUAUGCAUGGGGCAGAUCCGAGCAUGUGCGAUGAGUCUAGUCGAACCAUGUUGUACAGAUUGGCCAUGAGAGACAGUAAUAUCAGGUUAAUUGAUGCUGAGGCCUUGGAGAAAAUCCUGACACUGGUCAACAUCAACAAUUCUGAUGUGAACGGCGAUACCGUACUGCAUUAUAUUGCAAGGAGACUUCCUCAAGCCCACGCAGUCUGUAUACUGCUCAGCCGGGGUGCUAAUGUCAAUGCAGUCAAUAAGAUGGGAAAUACCCCGCUACAUUUAGCUGCUGGAGCGAGUAUCUUUCCGAGAUGGCGACAAAUGGAUAACAGUGAACAUGCAGAAACUCCGCUUGAAGAAGGUUUAAGGCGCUUGAGAAGAUGAUCGACAUUCUUCAGGGCGCUGGGGCCUCCAUGGAUCAAGCCAACCUUGCAGGAGAAACACCGCGUGAAAUAUUGAGAGAGACCAGAGAACGAUGGGCGCGGGGAGAC